AUGGAACGUUAUAAAGGAUCAAGUCAAGCAUCCAUUGAUAAAAGAUCCCACACUACUAAAGAAAGUAGUGCUCUAUCAAUUAAUAAACACAAUCAAGUACAAAAUGAAAUUGAUAAUCUCAUUCAACAAGGAAUUCUUGAGCCAAUAUAUAAAUAUGAUCCAAAACUUGAUUUUAUGUGUGUACCAAUUAUUAAUCGUGAUCAAGUUAUUAGACAAACUCGUCGACAAACAUGUGGACUUAUUUGGAAUUCAAUUCGAUCACCAAUGAUAAGUAAAUUAGUAUAUGAUGGUAAUUCUUGUGCUUUUGUAGAAAUUCUUCGAACACCAAAAGAAUGGUCACGUUAUGAUAUAGAUCUUCUUCUGCUUAAAAUUCGACAUAAGAAUUUUCUUAAUGGACUUGCUCUACGUGAUGAAUUUGUUCGUAUACUUCAAAUUAUUCUUAAACGUGAUUUUAAUGAAGAAACAAAUAGUGAAAAAAAAUAUUCUUAUGAAUUAAAAGAUGUUGAUUUUACACGAAAUACAAUUCAAUUAGUAUUUAAUAGUCGACAAGAUAUUGAAUUAACUCUUAUUAUAUCAUUAAUACUUUUAGUUGAAUUUGAUGUACCUUGUAUAGAUUUUCUUCAUGAUACAUAUACAUUACUUUGUAAUCAUAAUGAUUUUAAUGAUUAUUUAAAAUAUCAUCCAGAUAUAAAUCAUACACGUUUAACACCAUAUAAUUCAAUAAAAUUUCUAUUUGAUUAUAGUUUAACUGAAGCAAAUUUAUGUGAAUAUUUAUUACAAAAAUCAAGUCCAUUAUCAUUAAUAUUAACAGGUUUUUUAAAAUUACGAAAAGAAUGGUUAAAAUAUGUUCAACGUGCAUCAAAAUAUGCAUCAGAUACAAUUAAAAUGCAAAUACAUUCAGAAAAACAUCGUCAAUCAACAUGUUCAGUUAAUUCAGUACGAUCAGCAACAUCUAAUACAUCAACAAUGAAUAAAAUUACACAAAAUAAAAUUCCAUUAUCAACAGAAAUUGAAGUAGCAUUUGAAUGUCUAUUUUCUGUAUCAUUACUUCGUCUUUUAUUUUUAACUAUUUGUACAAAAUAUAAACAAUUUGGUGCAUCAUAUGAAAAUGAUACAGCAUAUGCUAUUGAAAAAGCAUUACAAUUAUAUAGUGAUGCUUUAGAAAAUAAUUAUCUUGAGCAUCCAUUUCUUAAAAAUAUUAAUUUUUUACCAGAUAGUUUAGUAACACAUGAAUUAAGUAUUAAAAUUGGAAUAAAAAGAUUGAUUAAAGAAAUGCAACGAGAUUGGAAACGAAAUAUACGUCGUUAG